AUGAGUGGCAAGAGAAGGAAACAGAACAAGUCAGAGGGUGGAAUCCCUCAGCUGAUGCCAUUCUUCUGUCCUCAUUUUCCCUCAACAGCAAAUGUGACUCUGGAUCCAGACACGGCCCAUCCACGACUCAUCCUGUCUGAGGAUCAGAAAAGUGUGCAAGCAGGAUUAAAAACUCAGGCUCUGCCCCACAAUCCUGAGAGAUUUGACGGGGAGUAUAUUGUGCUGGGCCGUGAGGGAUUCACAGGAGGCUGCCAUUUCUGGGAAGUCCUUGUGAGAAGUGAGGAAGCAUGGGCUGUGGGUGUGGCCAGAAAAUCUGUCAGGAGGAAGGGAACCUUCACCUUGAAUCCUGACGAAGGGAUCUGGGAAGCAGGGAAGUGGGGGGGCAGCUACAAGGUUUCUGUAACAGGCCAUGGCUGUUACAGACUGUUGACUGUGAGUGGGGAGCUCAAGAGGAUCCGAGUCUGUCUGAACUAUCCUGGGGGUCGAGUGUCCUUUUUUGAUGCUGACCGAGCAGCCCUUCUCUAUGAGUUCUCUGGAGCCUCCUUUCAUGGAGAGACCCUCCUGCCCUUAUUUUGGGUGUAUGGAAAAGGCCACCUCAGAAUCUCUUCCUAAGACCUUUUCUUCAACCAGGACCAUAAAGAAGAAAAUAUUCCCAAGAGCCUCCCCCCACUCUUUUUAGUCCUAUAGGCACCCAAAUGGACUUGAGUGAAAUGGAGGCAUCUUUCCUUCCAUUUCCCAACAUUCCCUUUUUUCUUUGUAGCUUAUUUCUCAAACAAUUAACGCAUUUCGCAUUACAAAGAAUAGCAGCUUAUUCCAAAGGGGAGCUCUGAAUGGACCCUCCCCCUGGGUCUCCUGCAGCCUCCUUUCCGCUCAAGCAUGAGAAGAACAACUGCAGGGUCCACAGAAGAAGAGAAGGCCGUGCAAGAUUAAAUCCGUUUUCUGGACUUUUACUUUCCUUUGGUUUACUGGGCACCAUCUGCUGGGAUUUCUUGUGUUCACUGAACCCAUUGUGAAGGACACUGGAGAUCCUGCUCCUAUCAGAGUUGAUAUCUUCAUACCACUUGGCUUUCAGUUAAACAAAUGAUUGUGUUAUGCUUAUGAUAAAGUUAUGUUACCUUGAAAA